AUGGCUGCGCAGUCGAACGGAGGUGUCGCAACCAUCACACUGGCCAGUGUGAUGGUAUCUGUGAAGGAGGCCGUCCCUACCCGGUCAAUGUGGAACGAUGGUGGUGGUGGCCGGGAAUCUGCACACUCGUGCAUACCGUCACAGAUGCGUCCCUCUCCUUUGGGAACAGAAGGCGGGCGGAGGGCCACGGGCGAAUGGUCGACCCGUGGCGCCGCGCCAGACGGAUGGCAAACACAGCUGAAGCUUCGAGGCGCGCCUCUGUCGACGGGUGAGGUUUUCUGGUGGCGCUGCUGGUUCGGCUACCCGCCUGAACACGCGUGCUGUCUGCAUUUCGGCGUGGGUGACAAUGGUAUGAAACCUGGAGGGGCCACGCACCAGAACCUCUCCGCAAGCAUUGCUUGA